CGGUAACAGUCUCCCCGCUCGAGUAACUCGGUGCACAGGCACUUCCGCUUCCGGUGUACACAGUCCUCCGUACAUCUGUAGCUGUCACUUGUCAGGCUGUAGGUGAGCCAUGGAGGAGCCGCCGUCCCGCCGCCUGGUACUCAAGAACAAGAGGACGACUCUGGAGCGGGUGGAGAAGUUUAUCUCGGAGUUGUACUUCACCGACUGCAACCUGCGGGGGAGAUUGUAUGGGUCAACGUGUCCAGUGGAUUCUCUCUCCUUCUUUCUAACAGAGAAAAGGAUUUCAUAUGCCGAUGCUGUGAAGGGGGAUUUCCAGACGGCUCGUGUUGGACAAACCUUUGGCCCCACAUGGUGGACAUGCUGGUUUAAAGUCCAGCUUGUAAUCCCUAAGGAAUGGUUAGGACAUGAAGUUCAUCUCAUAUGGGAAAGUGAUGGUGAAGGAUUGGUAUGGAAGGAUGGAAUGCCAGUACAGGGUUUAACAAAAGAGGGUGAGAAGACCAGCUUUAUUCUAUCUCGCCAUCUGAAAGAAGAGGAUCCACAUAGCAUGACCUUGUACAUCGAGAUGGCUUGUAAUGGUCUUUUUGGGGCUGGUAAAGGAAGUAUGAUUGCUCCUGUUGAUCCCAAGAAAACAUUUGCGCUACAAAAAGCUGAGCUUGCUAUUUUCAACGAUGAUGUACAUGAGCUGCUUCUGGACUUUGAGAUCCUGUAUGAUAUGGCCAGGUUGCUUGGCGAAGAUAACCAAAGAAGCUUCCAGGCCCUGUAUGUGGCCAAUCAAAUGGUUAAUUUGUGUGAUGUCAACAACCCCAGCUCUUUUCCCACUGUUCGUAAAUUGUCUUCUGAAUUCUUCAGCCAAAAAAAUGGUGACAGCCAGCACACUAUCCAUGCCAUGGGGCACUGCCACAUUGAUUCAGCUUGGUUGUGGCCAUAUGAAGAAACCAUUAGAAAAUGUGCCCGCAGUUGGGUUACUGCUAUACAACUGAUGACCGAAUAUCCUGAUUUUACCUUUACAUGCUCUCAGGCUCAGCAACUGGAUUGGGUGAAAACAUGGUAUCCUGGAUUAUAUUCACAAAUUAAAGAGUUUGUGAAACUUGGUCAAUUCAUACCUGUUGGUGGAACAUGGGUGGAAAUGGAUGGAAACCUUCCCAGCGGUGAAUCUAUGGUGCGCCAGUUUUUGCACGGUCAGCUCUUCUUUCAAGAAGAAUUUGGCAGCAUGUGUUCCGAGUUUUGGCUACCAGACACUUUUGGAUAUUCCGCUCAGUUGCCACAGUUAAUGAACGGCUGUGGGAUUCAGCGAUUCCUCACUCAGAAGUUAAGUUGGAGCCUGGUUAAUUCUUUUCCUCAUCAUACCUUUCACUGGGAAGGCAUUGAUGGCUCAAAGGUCCUUGCUCAUUUUCCUCCAGGGGACUCUUACGGGAUGAAGGGUAGCGUGGAGGAGAUGCUUAAAACAGUAAAGAACAACAGGGACAAGGGACGUGUCAACUGUGGUAUUGCGUUAUAUGGGUAUGGUGAUGGUGGCGGAGGUCCAACUGAGAAGAUGUUGGGAAGAUUUAAACGGAUGAAAGAUACAGACGGUUUGCCCAGAGUUCAUCUGUCUACCCCUGACCGGUUCUUUUCUGCUUUGGAAACAGACACUUCUCAGCUCUGCACUUGGGUUGGAGAACUCUUUCUCGAGUUGCACAAUGGAACUUACACAACACAAGCUCAGAUUAAGAAAGGGAACAGACAAUGUGAGCAGUUACUGCAUGAUGUGGAAUUCCUCAGCUCUGUUGCCUUGGCCCAGGACAAGAGUUUCAUUUACCCAAGCCAUAGGCUUCAACACCUCUGGAGGUUAUUGCUUUUGAAUCAAUUCCAUGAUGUGCUACCUGGGAGCUGUAUCCAGCUGGUGGUUGAAGAUGCUUUACGAUACUAUGAAGAAAUCAGAACAGAAGGAGCCAAACUUCUCAGUGAAGCAAUGCAGUCGCUGCUAAAGACUCCAGCCCAGUCUGUGGCCAGUCAUACAUUCUCUGUGAUAAACACUUUGCCUUGGGAGCGCACAGAGGUUGUUUCCUUACCAGGAUCAGGGGAGCAGCAUUUGGUUAGAGCACCCAGUAUGGGCUAUGCUGUGUUACCUGAAGAAGUGAAUCCUUCUACCCCUGUGACAGUUGUCAUGCAGGUUGACGGUUCUGUAACCAUGGUGAAUGGAAUCCUUCAGGCAAACAUUGAUUCAAUCGGACGUUUAACAUCUCUAAAGCUCUUAUGCUGCAACAGAGAGUGUAUCCCCAAAGCCUGUUAUGGGAACCAGUUUGUGAUGUUUGAUGACAUUCCCUUAUACUGGGAUGCUUGGGAUGUAAUGGACUAUCAUCUGGAAACCAGAAAACCUGUAACAAGUGUCUUGACUAAAACAGUGAUUAAUGGUAAUGGAGGCCUGAGAGGAUCUGUGGUGUUUAGUUUGAAAAUCAGUGAUCACAGUACUAUUGAGCAAGAGAUAAUCCUCGAGGCUUCAAGUCCAUACAUCAGGUUUAAUACAAAGGUAACCUGGGCUGAAGCACAUAGGUUUUUGAAAGUGGAAUUUCCUACAACAGUUCACAGUACAAAUGCAACAUAUGAGAUCCAGUUUGGACAUUUACAGAGACCAACUCAUCGCAAUACUUCUUGGGACUGGGCGCGAUAUGAGGUUUGGGCACAUCGAUGGAUGGAUCUGUCAGAGCACGGUUUUGGUAUAGCUGUUCUAAAUGACUGUAAAUAUGGUUGUUCAGUGCUUGGGAACACUCUCAGCCUUUCCUUACUGAGAGCCCCCAAAUCCCCUGAUUCCACUGCUGAUAUUGGACAACAUGAGUUUUCCUAUGCACUUAUGCCUCAUGAGAGAUCACUUCAAGAAGCUGGUGUAAUUCAGCAUGCAUAUAAUUUCUGCAUGCCGCUUCUCACCACCUCCGCACCAUCUACACAGCAUGUGUCCUGGAGUGCUUUUACUGUACUUUCUCCAGCCAUAGUGUUAGAAGCUGUAAAACGAGCAGAGAAGAAGCCAAACUUCCUUGUGCUGAGGCUUUAUGAGUCUUAUGGGAGCACUGUAGAUACCUGGUUGCAGACCUCACUCCAGGUUCAAGAGGCUUUCUUGUGUGACCUUCUGGAACGGCCACGCAGCAGUCAGCCGCUUAUGAUAGAGAAUCAGGGAGUGAAACUUUCCUUCACUCCAUUCAAAGUGUUAACUCUUCUCUUGGUUUUACAGCGAUAGCUUUUUAGUAAACACUUAAAUAUCUCAAGUGAUUUAUGUUUCUUAUAAUUUGUAUUUUCUGCCAAAGAGGUACUCCAUUGCCCCAGCGUUCAUAACAUUUAGUUCCGAAAGCUGGGUGCAGGCUGCGGGGUCGUGACGUCACGCCACGCCCCUCGUGAUGUCAUGCCACACCCCCUUAAUGCAAGUCUCCCAUAGACUUGCAUUGAGGGGGCGUGCGCGUGAUGUCACGACCCCCAAAGCCCGCACCCAGCUUUCAAAACAAAAUGUUACGAACGCUGGGGCAGUGGAGUACCCCUUUAAAGAGGACCUGUCAUCUCUCCUAACUGGUCUGUUUUAGUAAAUUCUGAUAUUUUUCAUAAAAUGCUUCGAAUGUAAACUGAAGAAUUUAUAGUGUCCCUGCGCUGUCUGACAUUGUCCAAUCAGCACUGCCAGCUUCAAUUUGUAGGAAAACACUCCUUGACAAGGGAAAUGUUAACACCCAGUUGUUAACUUAUUCAUAACUGUGCAUGAAGAAUAACACAGAGGAACAGCACCACAGAGAAUAGAACUAGUUACUAAAACAGGUCAGGAGGGUGUAUUUACAUGUACAGUAUCCUGUGCAUAUUUGAUGCACUGGAUUUGAAGCUGCAUAUUUGAUGCUGUGUUCAGUCAUUUAGUUUACAUUGAAAUCUGCAGUUUCAAAUCCUGCGCAUCAAAUUUGCGUAGGAUACUGUAUGUGUGAAUAGACCCUAAAGUGGACCAAAGUAAUUCUCUUUUUUUUACUUUUUUUUAUUACUAAUGUUCUUAAAGGGGUACUCCGGUGGAAUUUUUCUUUUUAAAUCAACUGGUGCCAGAAAGUUAAACAGAUUUGUAAAUUACUUCUAUUUAAAAAUCUUAAUCAGUCCAGAGGAAGUUCUUUUCUUUUUAAUUUAUUUUCUGUCUGGCCACAGUGCUCUCUGCUGACACCUCUGUCCAUAUUAGGAACUGUCCAGAGCAGGAGCAAUCCCCAUAGCAAAUCUCUCCUGCUCUGGACAGUUCCUGAUUCAGACAGAGGUGUCAGCAGAGAGCACUGUGUUCAGACUGAAAAGAACUCCAGACAGAAGUACAACUUCCUGUGGAGCAUACAGCAGCUGAUAAAUACUGGAAAGAUUACGAUUUUUAAAUAGAAGAAAUUAACAAAUCUGUUUAACUUUUUGGCACCAGUUGAUAAAAAAAAAAAUAGAUUUCCACAGGAGUACCCCUUUAAGAUGGGGUACUGGCAGUAUGCAGGCCUUUGACAUAAUGAUGUGAUUAUUCUGUGACUGAAAAUGUAAUAUUGAACACUAUUGUUUACCUGCAUACUAUUUUUUUUUUUUUUGCACUGCAAAUAUCAGACAUUCAAUAGAAUAAAAUAAAUUUCUC